AGUCCCUCUGGCGAAUUUUUCAACCCCGGCUACGACUGCACCGAUAUUCUGAAUAAGAAUUUUGAGUCUCGAGAUGGAUUUUAUUGGAUAAAUUUGAAUCGAGGUGCCCCCAAGAGGGUUUAUUGUGACAUGACAACAGAUGGAGGGGGAUUUGCGUUGAUUGGUAAACUCAACAGUUCUGUAACAUGGAAAGUUCCAUCUAAAAACACAACAGUUGAUCCAUUUGGUGAAUCUCAGUGGUCCAGUGAUCUUGGUGACGCUCCAGUUCUUGAUUUCAGAAUACAAAUAUCGACAACGGAAAACUUGGCUAAGACAAAUGCUCACUGGUCCUACAGACUGCAAAAUAUUCGUCCUCUUAAAAAUAUCAUGAUUGUUAAUCAGAGAGGUUGUGGACCAACAUCACCAGGCAUUGGUGACAUCGCUUAUGUCAAAGAUCUUCGGACUGAGAAAAUUGUUGCAACAAAAUUCCGUUGCUCACAGUUUGGAAUAUAUCGCCAUUUUAUUCUUAAAUCUGGAUGGGCAAUGAUGAACGAAUGCUUUGAAAAACAGUGUCCCAAAGGCUUUGCUUAUCAUCCCAUAUAUCCCAUACGAACUGACUCGUCAGGAUCUUUCAGUUACAGUGUGGUUAGCAAGAUAUCUGGAAUCAGUCAUAAUUCAACUGCAUUUAUCGGUUGCGACAAAGGAGUGUGCUGCAGCUGUUUUAGUCCACCAGAUAGCACAGAAGAUCUCUGUGGCACCGAUUGUAAGGCGAAACCUGGCGCAACUUUGAUAAAAAAUGUUUAUUCAUGGUUCUGGGUGAGAUCAUCUUCUCCAAAGAAAGUUUGGAACAAAUGUAUGGAUUAUAAAGUUUCUGAAGCUAACGGAGACGAGGUCUGGUACAAGUUGGUUGGUCAAAACGUUGUCCCUAAGAGAGGUCGUUGUUCUACGAACGAGCCACUUUUAAAUGAUGGUAUAAUAGUUGUUCCUGAUAAUAGCAGUGUUAGUAAAAUUCCAGGAAUCUCAGGAAUAUUGGAAUUUCGAAAGGACAAUCAAAAACUUUAUGUACGAUCAAAUGAAAGAUGGAAUGCAAUUGCAGAAGAGAAAAAGCUUAACUCCGCCUUUGCGAAACUUACGGCUCGUUUGGAUAACCUAACUCGGAAUCUCCAAAUUAAAGAUUCCCUAGAAGCUUGUAUUCCAAACGUCUGUUGCGCCCAUUAUUAUAAAUGCGGAAUGAGACAAGACGGUGUUUAUACGAUCAAUCCUGAUGGUUUGGGAUCGUUCCCAGUCUAUUGUGAUAUGAAGUCAGACGGGGGUGGGUGGACUGUGUUCCAAAGAAGACAAGAUGGAAGUCAAGAUUUCUUCCUUGGAUGGUCAGACUAUAAAGCAGGUUUUGGUGAUCUUAAAGGCGAGUUCUGGUUGGGCCUUGAUAAAAUACAUCGUUUGUCCAAGUCUGGCCAAACUGUUUUAAGGGUUGAUUUAAUGGAUUUCAAUGGUGCUAAACGUUACGCUAAAUAUGGAACGUUUAGUGUGGCUGAUGAAUCAGACAAAUACAGAUUGAAUAUUGGCAGUUAUACAGAAGGUACCGCAGGUGAUUCUCUUGAUUAUCACAAUCAAAUGCAGUUCUCGACCAAGGAUAGUGACAAUGAUGUACAUAGUAUUAAUUGUGCUAUGAGAUGGAAUGCGGGUUGGUGGUACAGGACGUGUAAAGAUUGCCACCUCAAUGGCCUGUACCAGGCUGCAGGUCAGAGUGAUGGCAGGGGAAUAAACUGGUACAGGUGGCACAGAUAUUCUUUGAAAAAGACAGAGAUGAAAAUUCGUCCAAACCAGUUCUAAGGAAAAGGACGAGCUUUAGCAGGGAUAUAAACAUGCCAAGAACAUACAGUGUGUUGAUUUUUUUAAUUGUAAACGGAAUUAUGCAUGCAAAUUAACAAAUUUGUGAUUGUUUACUAUCAUUCUAAGCUCGGUUAACCGGGAUUCAAAGAAGCAAGUGAUGAUUUUGAGGUAUUGAAAUAAGUAUACAUUAUCACAUGAUCACU